GUAUGUACACAUACGUUCAUCUAUAAAUAUUCUUCGUUUUACUGAAUAAAACCGAAGAUUUUACUUAGAUAAACGGUUAAACCAACUUGAUUCAUUAUUAUUUUUAAAUAAAUUCUUCUUAUAUAUAAAACUUUUAUUAUUCCAUUUGCUUAUAAUGACAACGGUCACAACCCCAAUGGAGUUAAAUAAACAGACAGAUAUAUGUUAUAUUUCAAAUUUAAUAAGUCCAAAUAAUAUUAUGAAAGUAAAUGAUAAUAAUAAUAAUAUGAAUACCGGUAAUGAGAGUAAUGAUGACAAUGAAAUGAAUGAUGAUAAUAUCCAUUAUAAAACAUUGAAACAUUUAAAAAAUUUGAAUUUUUCAUCGAAAUUAUUGUCAGAAAAUGAAAACAUUGUAAAUAUAAUGAAACAUUUUAUUCAUCAUAGUCAACAAUCAUCAUUUUCAUCUUCAUCAUCAUCGUCCUCAUCAUCGACAUCAACAUCAACAUCUUCACCAAUAUUAAAUAAUUCAAAUGAAUAUCUACGUAAUAAUGGUAAUACUGAUGAUGAUGAUAAUAAUAAUAAAAAUAAUCUAUUAAAUACAUUAACUUCUGAUGAAUUAGAACAGGAGAAUGAAGGACAAAAAUCAUUUCUUAUAUCUGAUCUUUUGAAUACAAAUGGUACAAAUGAUGAAUGUGAAGAAAAUAGUAUGAAAUCCUUAUCAAUGAAACAGAAAAUUAAAUCAGAAGAAGAUCAAUUCUCUGAUCAAUCAAUUGAAUUCAAACCCCAACAAUUGCAUGAAUCAAAAUCACCAAAUCCAACUAUACAAUCUAUAAAUAUGAAUCCAUCUUUUAUAAAAUCCAAACAAAAUUCAUCAUAUUCAUUCAAUCAAAUUACACAAUUAAAAAAUUCUACAUUUAAUCAUCAAAUUAUUCAAUCAACAAAUAAUGCACAUACAAUCAAUGAUUACCCUAUAAAAACUUGUAAACGUAGAUUAACUGAUAAAACUAUACAAGUAACUCAUCAAAAUAAACGUUCACGUGAAAUCAACAAUUGGCCUUAUUCUUUAUUAUCAACUAAAUUAUCUAAAGAUAAUCUAAAAAUGAAUAUUGAAACAGACGAAUUAUCAACAAGACAACAUCAACAACAACAAGUACUAUAUAAUAAAAGAUUUGAUUUUAAUAAUAUUCAUGGUAAAGUUGAUUCAUGUUUGUUAAAUCUAUGUACAAAUUCAAAUCAAAGUGAUCAUCAUCAUGAUGAUAAUGAUCAUUGUCUAUAUGACCUUGAUGAUGAAGAUGAUGCUGAUGUCGAAGAGCAAGAGGAUGAUAAUGAUAACGAUGAUGAGAAUGAAAAAAGUGAAGAAAAUGAUGUAGAUGAUAAUGAAAGUGAUUCAGAUAAUGAUUAUAAUUUUAAAAAAUGUUCAAAAUCUACUACUACUACUAAUAAUAAUAGUAAUGUAAAUGAUUCAAAUAUGAAACCAAGACGUGCAAGAACUGCUUUCACUUAUGAACAAUUAGUUACAUUAGAGAAUAAAUUUAAAAUGACAAGAUAUUUAUCAGUAUGUGAACGUUUAAAUCUUGCUUUAUCAUUAAAUCUUACAGAAACACAAGUAAAAAUAUGGUUUCAAAAUAGACGCACAAAAUGGAAAAAACAAAAUCCUGGUAAAGAUGUUAAUAUGCAAAAUGAUAAGUCAUUUAUUUCUAAAAUAAUGAUACCAUCUACAUCGUCAUUAUCAUCAACAGUGAGUACAGUUUCAAUGCAAAGUAUAUUUUCAUCUAUACCAUCUGUUCAAUCUUUAGGUAUUCAUCGUCGUCGUCAUCACCAUCACCAUCAUCAUCAUUUACAACAAACUCAACUAGAAAUGGAAAAUUUUUCCCAGUUAUCUAAACUUUAUUAUGAAACAUCAUUAGCUAACAAAUCAAUACCAAAAGAAAUGUCCACAUUAGAAUUCUUACGAACAAUGAACUACUUAAUGAAUAAUAAUAAUAAUAAUAAUACACUUACUUCCUCAACAAUAAAUAAUAAAGAGUCACCAGAUUAUAAAUUAAAUAAUGAUUCAUUUAAACAAUCAAUUUCAUUCGAUUUAAAUAAAUAUUCUAAUCUUUUAGAAUAUUAUCAACAAAUAUGGUCAUCUUUAAAUAAUCAAAAUAAUAACUUGAUACAAAAUCAUUCAACUUCACAAUUGAACAAUGAACGAUUUACCAAUGAUGAUAUUAAAUAUUCAAUGAAUUCAAUAAGUAUACCUACAUCGGAAGUUUAUCUUGAUAAUCUUAAAUCAAUCAUAGAUAAUAAAAAUGUAUUCCAACAAGCCAAUCUUAAUAAUCAUAAUCAUGAUGAUCCAUCUAUUUUAACGAAUAUAAAUGAAUCUUGUUUAGAUUAUAAUAGUGAAUUACAUAAUCCUAUGAAAAAUAUAUUCCAUGAUACUAUGAACUCAUUACCUACUUAUAUAUAUCCAACUCUAUUUAAACCAAUCUCUAAUCAUGAAUCUAAAAUACCAUCGUCAACAUCAACAUCAUCAUCACUGAAAUGGGAUCCAGUUGAAAUGAUAUCGAAUUCUAUUGAACACAAUGAUAAAAAUAAGAAAUUGAAUAAUGAACAAAAUGAAACGAUAAUAUGGAAUAAGAAUUCCAUGACUGAUGUUGCUUAUGCCAUGUUAACAAAUUCAUUUGAACAAACAAAUUUUAAACAAUAUUUAAAUCAAUGGACAGAGAAAAAUGAAUUAUUCAAUUCCAUUUCAAACAAUAAUAAUAAUAAUAAUAGUCUAAUCUUAUCAACAGAAGUAAAUUCUAAAAAUAUAGAAUUAUCUAAAAUAAAACAAUUCAGUAAUAGUAAUAAUGAUCCUGAUGAUGUUGAUAAUUCACAUUAUACUUCAACAAGUCCAUCAGCUUUACAACAUUCUACAACAUCUUCAUCAACUUCUUCACCACAUACAACAACUCAUUUAUAUCAUAUUGAACAACAAUCAUCACCAGAUGAUUUAAUGAAUAAAUUAAAUGAUAAUUUAAAUAAUCAUAAUCCUCCUAUUCAAUCAAACAAUUGAGUAUAUAAGUUCAUUUAAACACUGGUCUAUUCUUCUUUAUUCACUCUUUCUUCUUUGUUUUUUCUCUCUUUUUCUUUCUCUCACUUUUUCUUUUUUUUUAAAAAAAAGUAUUCGAAUAAAAUGUAAAGUAAAAAAAUAAUCAUUUUCAUGGAUAAAAGUGAAAAUAACGGGAUUCGAAUACUUGGCUUCAAAGUUAUCCAAUUAAUUCAUAUAUAUAAGACUUUGUGUUUGGAACAUAAUAGAAGUUAAUUUCUACUUCAUAUUGAAAUCUUGUUUUGGAAAAAAAUUUAGUGUUUUUCAAUUUAUGAUUGAUAGAAUAAACAUUAAAAACAUGUGUACAUUAUUAAUAAAAUGUUUUACUUUAAUAAAUAUAUAUCCAGUAUUAAUG